UAUAUAUGUAUUGCUUUGAUAACCCAGAUUUUUGGAAUCGCUCAACAAAUAAGCUGUAUUUGCUUGAGCCUAGAAGCAGUUUACAACGUAUCUUCUAGUUGAGCUUUGCUCUAAAGCAAACUAACAUUUUCAUAAUCAUCUACUGGAAGGUGACUAUAAAAACCUGAAGUCAACUUAAAUCGAUCGCAAGUGUUAUUUCAGACUAGCUAAUUGUCGGUACUUGUGAUCGGGUGUGAAUACAAUUAAUUACUACAAAGUAUCUACUAGAGUCGCCGGGAAAUGGCGCUAACGGAGGCCCUUUUUUUGAUUGUCGGCGCACUGGGCGCUAUUUAUGUGUGGUUCCAGCGGAAUCACAGCUAUUGGCAGCGCAAGGGCAUACCCUAUAUACAGCCCACGCGCAUUAUAGGGAAUACAUUGCCGGUGUUUACGCAAUCGAACUCCUUUGGCUUGCACAUCUCGAGCGUGUACAGCGAUCCGCGGAUGGAGAAUGAGGCCGUUGUUGGCAUCUAUGUGAUCAAUAAGCCCGGUCUGGUUAUACGCGAGCCGGAACUGAUUAAAUCGGUGCUAAUCAAAGAUUUUAAUCGUUUCACCAAUCGCUAUGGACGCACCGAUCCACAUUACGAUGCCCUUGGCUCCAGCAAUCUGUUCUUUGUGCGCAAUCCACAGUGGAAGGAGAUAAGGACAAAGCUGACUCCGGUUUUUACCAGCGGAAAGAUGAAGCAGAUGUAUCCACUAAUGCAAGAGAUAGCCGCAGAUCUGGAGUCGCUGCUAGCCAAGGAGAGGCCAGCAAAUGAAGCCGCCUAUGUGACAGAAAUCAAGGAAGUGUGCGCUAGGUUUACGACGGACUCAAUAGCAACAAUUGCAUAUGGAGUGCGUGCGAAUUGCUUGUCGAAUCCGGAUGCUGAGUUCCGUAGGCAGGGCCGUAAGGUCUUCGAGCCGACGUUGCUGCGCAGCAAGGACUUCUUCGUUGCCUUCUUUUUGCCGAAGCUGGUGUCGCUGCUGCGCAUCAAGGUAUUUCCGGACGAGUUUUCCAAAUUCUUGCGAAAUACCAUUGGCCAUGUCAUGUCGGAGCGCGAGCGAACGGCGACGGUGCGGAAUGAUCUAAUUGAUGUGCUCGUGGGCCUACGCAAGGAGGCAGCCUUGGAGCCAGGCAAGUCGCAUCUGGCCAAUAGCAGCGACUUUUUGGUAGCUCAGGCUGGGGUGUUCUUUACGGCGGGCUUCGAGACGAGCUCGUCCACCAUGUCGUUUGCCCUGAUGGAGCUGGCCAGGCAGCCGGAGUUGCAGCAGCGUCUACGACAGGAGAUCAAUGAAGCCCUCCGCAAGGAGAAGGACGGCAAACUGAGCUACGACACAAUCAAUUCACUCGAAUAUCUAUCCAUGGUGACCGACGAGGUCUUGCGGCUGUAUCCAGUCUUACCUUUUCUAGAUCGCGAAUAUCAGAGCAUCAAGGGGGAAACGGACUUAUCGCUGAAGCCCUACUACGAUUUCAAACUGGAGAAUGGAACGCCCAUCUUUAUACCCAUCUACGGACUGCAGCGUGAUCCUAAGUACUGGACCAAUCCGAAUCGAUUUGAUCCCGAACGUUUCUCGCCCGAGAAACGCAAAUCGAUUGAGCCCAUGGCCUACCAGCCCUUCGGCCUGGGUCCCCACAAUUGCAUUGGCAGCCGAAUCGGACUGCUCCAAGCCAAACUGGGUCUGGUGCACUUCCUCAAGAAUCAUUUCGUGCGCUCCUGCCCGCAGACCACGAAGGACAUUAAAUUCGAUCCGAAGAGUUUCGUACUACAGCUGGAGGGAGGUCUGUUCCUCGAGAUUGUUAACGAUAGACUUUACGAUGCGAGUGCUCUUGUAGUAUUAUUGCCUUCGCGUCCAACUUCAUGCGUCGCGGUGUGCGCUCCGAAGUUGUCACCAAAUGAUUGCGCAACACAUAGACCAAGCCCACCUUUGCCUGCAAAUAGCCAUAGCGCUCCCCAAUGCAUCCAUGCGGACCCAAACCAAACGGCAUAUACGUAUACGCUCUCGAUCUUCUAUCUUCCAUCUACCGCCCUCUAUCUUGCAGCUAUGUUAGCUUUCUCCUGGGGUCUGCUGCUGUUGUUUCUGACGCUGCUCUUCACCUACCUGUAUCUGGAGCAGCGCUACAGUUACUUUCGUCGUCAUCGACUUGUACAUUUGCCCGCCUCGAGGUGGACGCCAUUUGGUCAUCUGAAGCAGCUGCUGCUGCUGCGCAUCUCGUUCGGAGAUCUCUUCAAGGAAAUCUAUGCGGAUGCUCGCAUUGAGCAGGCAAAGCUUGGCGGCUUCUAUGUAUUCCAAACGCCGGCGCUAAUGCUGCGCGAUCCGGAACUAAUACGCCUGGUGCUGAUCAAGGAAUUCAAUAGCUUUCUCAAUCGUUACGAAGCCGCCGAUGCUCAUCAUGAUCCAAUGGGGGCCCUGACCCUGCCCUUGGCCAAGUAUCCGGUGUGGCGCGAGAGUCGUCGGCGCAUGUCGCAGAUGUUUAGCAGUGGGCGGAUGAAGCGGCGCAUGUAUCCCAUGAUGCAGCAGGUGCUGCUCGAGCUGGAGCAGCAUCUGGGUCGCCUAAUGGCCGGAAAGAUGGAGCAGGUGCUGCCGCUGAGUGAGAUGUGCCAGCUGUAUACGAGCGAUGUGACGGGCAGAUUGUUCUAUAGCUUGGAUGUGGGUGGACUGCGUCAUGGUGAAUCACUGUUAAGGCAACAGACCAAGCAAGUGCUCCAUCCAAAUCCCAUAAAGGUGCUGCAUCUCCUCUGCAUCUUCUUUUUACCACAAUGGACUUGGUUGCUGCGCGCCAAGCUCUUUGCCGCCAGCUAUUCGCGUUUUAUGAGGCAGCUGGUGGAGAGGCAGCGGCGUAAAGUGAGUAACUCUCUAACAGAUGUGGAUGUCGAUCUGAUUGCACUGCUGGAGCAGCUGCAACAUACGCAGCAUUCGGAUUUCACAGCUUCCCAAGCGGGUAUCAUUUUACUCGCUGGCUUUGAGACUUCGUCCUCCAUGUUGGGCUUCACGUUGUACGAGCUGGCCAAGCAGCCGGCGUUGCAGCGACGCUUGAAGCAGGAGCUGGCCACAGCCUUUGGCAAGGACGCGCAGCUAAGCUAUGAGACAGCGUCCACUUUGCCUUAUCUCAAAAUGGUUUGCCAGGAGGCCUUGCGCCUCUAUCCCGCUGCUGCUUUCAUUAAUCGCGAAUGCACACGGCCCGAGGGCUUCUCACUGCAGCCGCACAUUGACUAUGUUAUACCAGCUGGUAUGCCGGCCUAUAUAUCCAUAUUGGGCAUACAGCGCGAUGCCAAGUACUGGCCCAAACCUUUGCACUUUGAUCCGGAACGUUUUGCGCCGCCACAUUUAAAAAAUAUAAUACCCAUGACAUAUAUACCCUUUGGCGCUGGCCCACAUGGCUGCAUAGGCAGUCGACUGGGCUUGCUUAUGCUCAAACUGGGCGUGGCUCACAUACUGCGCUCGCAUCGUGUCGAAGUGUGUGAGAAAACUGUGAGCCAAAUACGUUUCAAUCCAAAGAGCUUGAUGCUCGAGUCAUUGGAUGAGUUAUAUUUACGUUUCUGCAUCGAUUCCAUGUAG